AUGUCUUUCACCAAAACCACACCUCUUGAACUCACGGUUUGGGACCUCUUGACGCUUGAUAAGAGCGAGCUUGUUCGGUACUUGCAAAGCAAACGUGGGGACACUGGUGGAUUUGUUUUGUCAAAUCCUGCCGGCUUUGAAAAACUCUCGAAGGGCGAACGAGACGAGCUAGGGAAGCGACUGAGUGAUGCUGCAGAAGUCGCUAGCGCUGUACAAUCCAUCGGCAUGGAUGCACUGACCGAGCGCUUGACGAGCAUAGCAGAUGCAGAUGGCUAUUCAAAGCCCAAGUGUCUAUGCUCGCCGCCUAUGUCGCCCGUGUCGGACACAUGCACCGAACCGCCUUUACCGGAUCACUCUGAAAGGUACCAAGCGAUAUGUUAUCACGAGCUCAUUAAAGAUGGCGGCAAGCCCGUUUGCUCGAUCGAAGAAACAUCGCAUAUGUUGGCUGAACCAACAGCCAGUCACGAGCCUGCUCGGCCGUGGUUCAUAGACCUAGACCCGCACAGUCGAAAUGAGGAGAUAAAAACAGUGUUUCCGCGGCAGCUCGAGCAGUGGUGGCACUUUCGCAAGUGGCAGUUAGUCAACCGAGGCAUCGAUGAACUUGAAGGGUUCCCUGAGUACCUUGCAUCAAACCGGAGAAUAGAUGAGUACCUCGAAGAGCACCGAUGGAUAGCCGACAAGUCCUAUGAGAGGAUCAAGCUGGGCAUGUGGCAGGAUAACUUCGAAGCAUUUCCUUAUCGCCCUAUUAAAGACGGGCUUCCCGUUUAUGAGGACGCAGUGGAGAGAAACCUAGCAAUCUACAAUUUCAAACUGCCUCUACAGUUAAUGGAGAAUCCACGCGAACAAUCUGACUGGACGACUUGGCUUGAAUACCUUAGCUACGAGAAAUGGUGGCUGGAUAAACAUACUGCCGUAAUGGAACGUGGUACGCGGCGGUAUUAUGAAGCCUGGUAUAAGUUUAUUCACCCAUCACGAGCACCGCCGGCUCAGACUCAGGUCACGGGGAAAGUGAUGUCAGACCUGAAUGAUGACCCCGCUGCGACAGGCUCAGCGACUUCGCCGUCUCAAAAGCAGCUCCCAGGCACGAAGAGACAUCAAUUGAAGAUGCCACGGCCCACUGCGCUGAAAGUGUCUAAUAAACGAAUCAAUGACUUCAUCAAUGAUUCGAGGCCUUAUCGACGCGCAGAAAUGAUUGUCCGUUGUCACAAGAGUCGGGUGAGGUGGAUCGUCAAGCAAGCGAGUGCGAUGGAAGCCGAGAUGCUGCAGAAAGACAGGACAGUGGGGAAUGAUCAAGAUACAGGGGAGAGGAGGAAGAGGAAACAAAUUGAUGAGGACGAUGAUGAUGGCAUCUCCCCAGAGCCAUGGUCCAAGAGGAUAAAGCGGGGAGUCGAAGGUCAUGAUAUGGUUCAAGCCAAGGUUUCGGAACAACGUCCUUGGAUGCGGCGACCACGCUCCCGAAGCAUUUGAACGCCCGCCUAUCCUCCGCCAUGGAGUACCUGUCUGGUGUGUUCACCGCUUCCCUGAGUCACCGAGUGACCGGACCAGCUCUGGGACCCUACCUAGAGCAAGUUGGUGAAGGCCUACGGCACUGAGAAAAAUUCCUACUUUCCACUUCAUGUUUUUGCAAGCGAGCCCUAGUAUCACUAAGGAAUUCCAUCCCAAUAUUUUCCGAGCAUUUAUCACUGCCUUCCCCAUUGUAUUACUACAAGUAGCAAACAUGGGCACCUGGAGAUGCUUCAAGAGCACUUGGACAAAGAGAAUGAAAUUGCUGCGUAAGGCAGGAAUACAAUGUGUAACAUAGAACAAUC